GGGGAGGAUGCGCCCCACCCCGCGGCCAGGGCCUAAUUUAGGCAAAAGGCACUAUUUCCAGCUGCUGGGACCAGUGCGCCCUCCCCCGGUCCGGGCCCUGCCCACGCCUCCUCCCCCAAGCUGCCCUCCGGGAUGCCCCGGUGUCUAUAAAGGUGCCUGGUUUUCUCAAUGGAGCCGGGACAGCCUGACAGCAGGUGACAGCCACCGCCCAGCACGCCCCCCGCGGACAUGAAGAUCAUCGUGGGCAUCGGAGGGGUGACCAAUGGCGGGAAGACCACCCUGGCCAACAGCCUCUGCAAGGCCCUGCCCAACUGCUGUGUGAUCCAUCAGGAUGACUUCUUCAAGGUGGCUGCCCUGGCCCAGGACAGCAGGGCUGGAGAGGCCACAGGGUGGCAACUGGGCCCAGGGCGGCUGCACCCUCUGCAAACGCUGGAGUCCCUGGACAUGGAGGCCAUGCUGGGCACCGUGCAGGACUGGCUCCACAGCCCCCAGAAGUUUGCCCGCGCACACGGAGUCUGCCUGCAGCCCGACGCCCCGGACACCCACGUCCUGCUUCUAGAUGGCUUCCUGCUAUACAGUUACAGGCCCCUGCUGGACCUGUACAGCCGCCGCUACUUUCUGACCGUCCCCUACGAGGAGUGCAAGUGUCGGAGGAGCACCCACAGCUACCCAAUCUCCAGUACCCCUGAGCUCUUUGAUGGCCACGUGUGGCCCAUGUACCAGAAGUAUAAGCAGGAGAUGGAGGCAGCCGGCGUGGACGUGGGUAAGGUCCCGCACUGGGGACAGACGGGCCCACGUGGUGCCCCACAAAACUCCCAGGAAAGCGGGCUCUGUGACAGCCCACCUCCAGUCCCCUCCUGUCUCUCAGGAACUGUCUCUCUAGAGAAGGUUCCUACCUUGAACCCUGUUCUUAGGAUUGCUUCUCCCAUUUUGGGGAACGUGAGCUCUUGCAUGUUGGGAGUUACGAUUUCUCCCCAGGUCCGUGGGAGGCCAUCUGGAGUCCCUUUUGGUCUCCCCAGCAGUCUCAUUUUAUUUGGUUAAUUUUUUGAGACCAUCUUUGCAGCCCAGGCUGGCCUCAAACUCAUGGCAAUCCUCCUGCCUCGGCUUCCCGAGUGCUGGGCGACAGGCGUUCCACCAUGCCUGAUGGUCCCCGAAGUCUCCCUUGCUGGUCCCCGACGCUGUCCUGUGCGGGCAGCUGACCGUGGCCUCUCUGACUGCAGUGCAGCUGGACGGCACGCGGCCCCGCGAGGAGCUCUUCCUGCAGGUGCUGGGUGACAUCCACCAGCUGCUGCUGGCCGCCCGCCUGCCCGGCCAGGCCGAGGGGA